AUGAGAGCUCCUCCAACGAAUACGAGAUUAGGCGACGAGGCUCUGCCCGCGUGCCAACGUUGCCGCAAGGCUCAGCGAUACUGUGACCGCACGAUCCCGCUCCCACAACUCGACAAGGGCCAGGGGGAUACAGCAAAGCCCGACUCCGCCGCAAACGAACCGCAAACCCCCUUCCCGUCACCAUCCAACCCCCGCAAAGCCCUCCAGAAUCCGUCAAUAGCACGCUACUUUUCCCACUACAUCGCAGACAUCGCGCCGUGGUACGACCUCAGCGACGCGUCCCUGACCUUUGCCGCAAGCCUUCCCGAGGCCGCUCUCGAAAGUUCGCUGCCCUUUGCCGCCAUCUUGGCAUUGUCCGCGGUCCACACGAGCCGAACGACUGCGCCUUCCGCCAGGACGGCGGCCGAAUUCUACCACGGCCACUGCAUUCGUUUGCUGAUUGGCCUGACGGCGGAGGAGUACGACAAUGAUGAGCGAACGCAGGAGCUUGCGCUGGCUUCUGUCUGUCUCUUGCGGUCGUAUGAGAUUUUAAGUGGUGAGAUUCUGUCGUCUUCUGGUCACUACUAG